UUGCAUUUCUGGAUGAAAAAGUGUGGACCCCAAUUUCCUUUUCAUUCAAGUGAAAAUGCAUGCUGUUUUGCAUGGUGUUUAGUAGUAAGUAUUAAGCUUAGUCUGACAACAGCAAACUAAACAUCUCAGUACCAUUCUUCAACGAGGAGGUUGCUUGAACUCUAACCCUCAAGAAACCCAGCGAGAGGCCCCUGUUUUUAUCAUGGCUCUAGCUCUGACUAGAGACAAGAGAUUCAAUGCAGGCAAUCGCAUGUCACGUAUGCUGCAAGAAGAAGAGCAAGAUGACUUCUAUAAGACGACUUACGGUGGAUUUGAGGAGCAUUCCGGUGAUGAUGAAUAUUCCAGUGAGGAUAGUGAUUCCGAUGCGACAGACAGUGACAUCAGCGUAUCGGAGGAUGAUGAACUAAUGAGUGACGAUGAAGGCAAGGAGCCGAAAAGACAGCGAAGAACACUCACAAAAGCUUACAAGGAACCAGUCACCAAACCCGCUGCCAAGAAAACAACCCAUCCGCCGCGGCAACCUGUCAAACCCAAAGAGAAAGAAAAAGCACCAAAGCAGCAGACAACAGCUUCAGCUGUAGCUGUGUCUAACGAACAGAGCAAUAUUCUUGAUGAUGGAAAUUUGCGCAAAUCGAGUCGCCGGUCCACCGUCAUGAAGGGAACAGAGUUCCAGAUACGGCUGAAGGAAAGGGAAGAGCGGGCGGAGAUCAAUCGCAUAUCGCUUGCUAAUCGCAGCAGGCCUGAGGUUCGGAGAUUGACACAAGAGGAGCUGCUGGAUGAAGCCAGGGUGACUGAGGAGGAGAAUCUUAUAUCGUUACAGAAUUACCGCAAAAUGGAAGCAGAAAAGAAGAAGAGCAAGUUUCACAAGCAAACUGUUAAGGGUCCGUUUAUCCGAUUUCACUCGAUGCUAAUGCCUGAGAUUGUAAGGGAUACGUUGAGACAAAGCAGAGACGACAGUACUUUAGUAAGUACGGACAUCCAUCCACCACCGCCCACACAGCGUUGCUCCAGAAAUUUCAUCACCUUCAGCGAGGAGGCAAUCUUCAAAAAGUACUUCCCUAAGAACAAGAAUCGUCCGCCUUCGAAACAGCUGUGUCCUGUGACCAGACAACGUGCUAUGUACCUGGACCCCAUCACAAACAUUCCCUACGCAAAUAAACGGGCGUUUAAGGUCAUACGUGAGGCUUACGAGAGUGAACUGGAAUCCCAGGUGGAAAGUAAGAAGCGGAAGACUCAACCAAAAGCAAACUGACGGCAACUCGAUGAGUUGGGGACGUUUAAAAGUUUGGCUAAAUGCUUUCAAAGAUAUUUGACCCAGU